AGUAUGGAGAAGCCCUCCUGAAGGACUCCCUCCUCCCCUGGUUAUCGGUCCCGUCCCUGGCUGCGAGGAAACAUCUCUUUCCCACUGUCGCUUGGAUUCGAGACGAGGACCGGGACCCUCCUUGCCGCAUCUUACCCGAUCCUUUCCAAGUGCGAAAUGCAGUGGAGAUACCUACUUACCGUCAACUACUUGGCAAUAUAUCGAAGUCACCAGGCGGCCGGCAUCAGCGUUCUCCUAUCACCGAAAGGUUGGGACUAUUCCACUAUCACGCAAGUCUUGGGGCUUUUGUCUUCGCCGACUACUACCUCCUUGACAAGCCGCAACUUUGCAUUCAGGAUGUUUGAUCGGGAAAGCAGCUGCGACCAGUUACGUGCAAGAGGUCGAUUCCAGGGUGCGAAUCUGGAGUUGCAGGUGCCUACCCCUGGAACAACGGACCUGUCCUCCUUGAUGCCGCCCUCUCACCAGACGAGCUUAGAGUCGCUUGCGUCUACCGCUCAAAGGACGCAUACCACUUCUUCACCUGUGUGUGGGAGCUUCACCCACAUAGAGGUAUCUUUGGCCACGAGACUGCUAUGGGUGGGGAAACUUGGGCCCGGGUUAUCUUUCAAGCAGAAACUUACCAGCCGGUUUUUAAUGGCUCCGCACGACAUGUUCUCUUUGCGGACAAUAGCUGUAUCUGGUGCCCGGCAGGACGCGUGGACCUGAGAACAGGCGUGGCCACUAAGUUUGCUAUCGACUUCUCUGAAGCACUCGGAAGACAAGAUGGGCUCGCUGCCGCUGAAUCGAACAGUCUGUCGUUGUAUGGCGUUGGAGACUUCAUAGUCUUCAAUCCGCACAGGGCGGCUGCAUGGCAUACAUACUAUCGGUAUACUGCCUCGGGGACGCUGUUGGGUGAAUUCAAGAAGCCUGAUUUCACGAACCUCGACAGCUUUCCCCAUGAGUAUGAUCCUUGGAGCAGCGAGAUCCUGCAGCUAGAUCCCUCGGGCAGAUUUCUAGUGUGGGGCGACAGUGGAACUCAAAGGCCCUAUUCCUGACAGCAAGAUAAUAUUCGUACCCAAAGCCAAGCUGGCGGUUGUUGCAGCCUGC